UCGGUGCUAUUUCUUUGCAGGGAUGCUUGAAGUGCACAGAGCAGACUUCCCUGUUGAGGAGAGCGCAUGCCAGAGGUGCCGGGGUUGCCGUUGGUGAGAUGAGCGUUCGUGCCUGUUGAGGCAGCCCGCAGCUCCUUGCAGAGCUUCCCUCUCUGAGUGACGCUGGCAUCCACAUCGCUGCAACCGWGCCUGAAGAAAAGCAAAGGAGCCUAAUUUUGCUGAGAGAAUUUUCCUGGCAGGGGAAGGCAUGCAGUGCAGAGGGACGUGCCAGCCAAGCGCCUGGCAGUGCAGGUGCAGGUGCUAACGUGAGUUCCACCCAAGCCAUGCCGUGGUGAAUCCUCUCUCCAGCCGCGUCUUGCUCAGCACCAGGGCGGCUGUGAGGGGCUGCCCAUGGCACUGCUGCAGCCUGGGCUGGAUUAGUGCCUCUGUCUUUGCUCCAGCCAGCUGAAGAACUGAAGAAGAUUGUAGGGAAGAUGUUGGACYUGAGCUUCCUGACCGAGGAGGAGUAUGAAAAGCUGAUGAAGGUUCUGCAGAGAGAUGCAGAGCUGAAGAAGAAGGAUGGGGAUCGGAUCAGGCGGAUGCAAGGCUCCAUCAAGGAUGAAAAGAAGAAGAAGUUUGUGACAGGUGAAUGGUUUUCAGAAGUGAAGGCGAAACGGUUUCAGGAAGACUUGGAGGGACCGGAUCUACUUCGGGCAUCAAUCAGAAGGAAAAAGGGCAAACUAGAAAAUGAGGCCAAGGAGCACAUCCAGAUGGGUCUGGAAAGCAAAGCUGCCCCGAGUCCUGCCUUCCCUGAGCACGCUGCUGAUGCAGGAGAGGGAAGAUCCACUACGCCUACUUGUGAAACCACAGAGCAGAAAAUUUUGCCAAAACCGAAGCCAAGACUUCCUGUCCACUUGUCUGCAACAUACAAGAGAUCCAGCACACAUGAUGUCUCUUCCUCAGAGAGUGACUCUGGAACAAGUCCAUUUGUGGCUGCAACAAACAGCUUUCAUUUGUCUAAAAAAGGUCAUGGUGUGUCUCCAGUGCCCACCAAGCUUUCAGAGGAGGCUGUGCCUCAGCCCAGCACUGCAGCUGGAGAGGAAACUCUUGAUGGGGCCACCAGCACCACAGAGGAGCCAAAAACUCCACCUGAAGAAACUUACGCUCCCAGCAAGAUACCAGUUAAGAAGAGACCAAGCAGAGCUUUGCUCAGGUGCGAGCAGUUGGUGAAUCAUGCGGGGCCAGCAGAGAACAGCCUGGCAAAGAAAGCGCCGCAGGUAAUGCCCAGAGCACUGCCCUCAGAGCGYGAGAGCAGCCAGGCCGGUAAGCAAGGCGAGAACUACACCAUCUCAUCCAUGACUAACAAAGAGGAGGACAUCGGCCUCGACCGCGAACACUUCAGGAACCUGAAGAACUUUUGGGAGAAGGGAGCAGACUCCGUGGCCGCGGGGAGCGCGGCAGCRGAGCAGGGCUGGGCCGAGGCGGACGGCCGGCAGUUCAAGCUGUGCCGCUCGCUCUCUGCGCACUCAGGGCAAGGCCAGGACGCUGAAGAAAAACCUGGUGCCUUCACCAAAACAAGGACCCCCUACAAAAGGACAAUAACGCUGUCUUCUAGUGAGGAAGAGCCGAGCUGUGCCACUCCUGCGAGGAAGGGCUCCGUUUCCCUCGCUCCCAGAUCCCCGUACGCCAAGAGCACGGGCGGCCUGGUUACAAGAAAUGACUCGCUGAGUGAGGGCGACGGGAGGCUGCUGCWGCCAGAGCAAGAGAAGGCAGUGCAGCACUGCUCCAAGAAAUCCAGAUUGCCUGUGCGAGCGCCUUCCCUCACACUGGAGUCACCUAGCCGGGAUGUGUCUGGCAGCGUGCUGGAGCCAGGGACGCCCACGGAGGAGCUGGUCAUGGCACAGGAGCGCAGGACCACAGCAAGAUCCAUGACGAGCAGGGUGCAGAUACUGAUCGAGCCUGUGCUCACAGAUGGUGAAAGUGAUGGUGAGGAAGGGGRAAGAGAAAGAUGUGAUUUGGGCACUCAUGACAACAUGGAAAUUAAUGGAGAGCUUCCUGAGGAAAAAAUGUGCGAGUCUUCAGACCAGCCAACACCCGGUGAACCAUCUGGAGAGAGAGAAGCCGUUCAGGGAAUAGACUCAGCUGUUUACUCAGAGGAAGAUGGGGAUCAUUCUGCUGCUGCUCAGGCACUGGCCCGAGCAAAUAACAUUAAUCUUGCCAAGAGCAUGGUGAACAUUUACACGACCACAGAGACAUACAAUAAACCUCAUUUGAUACCACAUCAAUUCCUUGAACCCGAAAGAGUCAAAGAGCUGAGCAGAUCCUCUCCUCUCCUGUUGUCUGAGACUGAAUCAGACACGGCUUCGGAAAUCAGCUUCCAGCUGAACAGGCACAAAAAGACACCCAGCAUUGGCAGCCACUCGUCCGACAUGGCUUCUGUCUCCUCGGUGAGUGGCAGUGUGCUCAGUGUCUACAGUGGUGAUUUUGGGAGUGUGGAUGCCCAAGGAACUGUGGAAUUUGCCCUAGACUAUGAUGAGAAGAACCGGGAGUUCCAGGUGCACGUGUCCCAGUGCAAGGACUUGGCUGUAGUGGAUGAGAAGAAAGGCAGAUCUGAUCCGUAUGUUAAAACUUACCUGCUCCCAGACAAAGCUAGGAUGGGUAAGAGGAAAACAUCAGUGAAGAAGAGGACAGUGAAUCCCAUUUACAAUGAGGUGUUACGGUAUAAAAUAGAGAAAAUGGUAUUGCUGAUCCAAAAAUUAAAUCUCUCUGUUUGGCACAAUGAUCCAUUGGGACGUAACAGUUUUUUGGGGGAGAUUGAAAUAGACUUGGCCAGCUGGGACUGGAGCAACAGGAAACUCAACUGGUACCCACUGAAGCCCCGGAGCCUUUCUGCUGUUAAUGGUGUGGAUCAUCGAGGAGUGAUGAGUUUGUCCAUUAAGUACGUCCCCCCUGGAAGCCUAGGGCCCAAGAAUCCUCCCUCUGGCGAAGUUCACAUCUGGGUCAAAGACGUCAAGGACCUGCUGCAGUUGCGUCCGUCUGGAGUUGACUCCUUUGUGAAGUGCUAUGUGCUUCCAGACACCAGUAAGAAGAGYUACCAAAAGACCCGAGUCAUAAAGAGAGACACAAACCCUGUUUUCAAUCACACCAUUGUGUACGAUGGCUUUCAUACCGAGGACCUGAAGGAUGCCUGUGUUGAACUCACUGUGUGGGAUCAUGAAAAGCUUACCAACCAUUUCCUUGGAGGAAUCAGACUGGGCCUUGGGACAGGUUUGAGCUAUGGCAUCUCUGUGGACUGGAUGGACUCCACACAGGAGGAGGUGGCCUUUUGGCAGGAGAUGAUGUUGGCUGCCAAUGAAUGGAUCGAGGGAUUGCUGCCCCUGCGCUCGCUGGCAGGGAGGAAAAAACUGAAAUAACCCAUCAGUGGUGCCAUAGACAUGCUGGAUGUGUUCAUUAGAAUUAGGAAACUUCCUCCACCGGGGAGAAAGAGACCAUCCACAGGGCUGCAAGUGUGAGGGUAAAAAGGUAAUUAAUGGACAUCACCUUGGAGGUGUUAAGUACUAAUCCACUGACAGAGGACAUGGAAGAUGCCAAACUGAUGCUACACUUGAUUUUCACCAAGAAGAAACUUAAUCUGCCUUUGUUUAAACAUUUAUGCAUUUGAAUUCCAUUAAGCUCUGGGAACAUUGGCAGAAGGAAAAGGAGAUAUGGAUAUUUUAUUUUUUUGCUGUUUCUUGUGCCAUUUUUUUCUGUGCGGAGAUGUAGUUGUACUGGAGCAGCAGCAUGGUAUUAUUCAUAAUCCCAGCGAGGGGUACACUUUGUACUUGGUGUACAAUUGCUCCAAGUCACCAGCACAGUGUGACAACAGGAGCUUUGCAUUUGUCACUGUGAUAACACCUCUUUAACGUGAGGAAAAUUGAGUUCCAAGGCGCAUCUAAAGAAAGAGAGUACUAUUUGCAGCAGAAAAUGAAGCAUCCUGAGAGGAUGACAAUGAGGAAUUCAAUAUAUUAAUUUCUUUCUGCUUUAAUCUGAAAGAGUGCAARGAUGGUCUUACAGCUUGUGGAAUUUUGCAAGCAGGGUCGGCUUUCCUGGCUUUCCCACAGGCUUCCUCAGUGACCUCAGGCARGUUUCUUUGUGAAAAGAGAGUUUGAGUGCAAUAUAAACUAAAGUGUUUGCCCAAAUGUAAAAUAUGGUUACAUUACUAAUGGGCCUAAUCACACCUUUGCAAUGCCUUGUGUUUAAAACAUUUCAAUAUGAACUAGUGAUGUAGAAGACAUUCUCAUGUUAGCCUGGCACCAGGGGUCAGGGAUGAAAGGUCAAAAGCACACUGGAAUGCAGGGGAUACUGGGAGGUGKUGGGAGAGGUAGGUAGAGAGUGAGUGGAUGUGAAAGGGAGCUGCACAGCUACACUUUCCUGGGGGUCUCCUGCCUCUGCAUCCCCUGCUGCCCUUCUGGUCUUCCUUUCACCUGAUGCCUGUCAGUGAGCUGUCUGUGUCUGGAUUUUCCCUUUUGCCAGUAGCUUGCAAAAAMCCUUUUCACCUGGCACAUUGACUGUGGCAGAGUGGUGUUGUGAAUAGAUUUUGAAUUGCAGCUUUGUAAUUUCUAUUUUGGAUGUACAUAUUGUGAUUAAAUAGAAUGUUUUUCUUUAGUCAUCAAUUGGUCUUCUUGUAUCUAUUUUUAUUGUGCUCUAAAUAACAAAAAAAAAGCAAGCAAAAAGGUGUUAAAUUUUGUUGUGUCAAAAURAAGCAUUUUUGCCAAAGGGUAAGUGAAAUGUCAUGAGGAAAUAUUUUUUAUAACUAUUCCACUUUAGAUUUUGGUUCUGUGAUUAUUUUGAUGUUCUUUAAUGGAUUGAUUUUGUUUAACUCWAGCCUCGUGUGAAUUUUCAGUUCAGCAAAGAUGGCUGUAAAUAAAUGAAUGGAAAAAUGUACGCCUAGAGAAACAAGACUUUUUCUUUAUAUGGAAACAUUUGGGAGAUAAUCAGCAGCUUUAAUGGGAAGAAAUAAAGAAUUAAAGUGGUUUUGCAGUUGGAAAAAGACAAUACUUGGAAAAGUACCAGUCACAGUAAUAAAAGCACUAAGAGAGAGUCCACAGAGCAACAGAAUUAAGCAAUGACUGUCUAAUGAAGGAACUGAUAUAUCUGUAACAUGUCAGGUCAAAGAUAUUUUGUAUGGGCUCCAGCCUGACAUGUUUUGUUUACCAAGAUUUGGUCAUUUUUGUAUGUUUGUGGGAUAAAAUAACAGUACUGGGCUKAAGCUGAGAGCUUUAAAAAUACUGYCUUUACCUUAGAUGCAGCACAUGUGACUAUUUGUACAUAGGUAUAACUGGAGCCCUGGUCAUAGGGGUGGUGGCUUGUUGCAGUGAAGUCACCCAAGGGGGUGCUGCUCUCCUCCCCAGUGCUUCCCUGUCCUCAAGGAGGAAGAUGUUYCUGGGGCAGAAUUUCUGCUGUGCCUGGGAGUGGUUGGUAAU